AUGCUCAAGUUUCCCCCGGGCUUGGUUUACUUGCUGAUCAAGCGUGGCCGGUUAACAUCGCUAGAUUUCGUCAAUUCAUUGCCGAGGUCAUUAGAAUCCCUCCACCUCGGUGAAAAUUCCCUUGGCUCCCUAAUCCGAACCGACGAAGGUGCAGACGUGGCCAGGCCAUACAAAAUCAAGUUCCCUGAAGGGAUCCACACCCUCAAUCUCGACCAGAAUCGUUCUUUAUUUACCCUAUACUCCUCCAGAAACUUUGCCUACCCCCCAGGUUUGACGGAUUUGAACCUUAUGCAAACAAAUUUGAGCACAGCGAUGGGAUUGGAAAACCUUCCACUCCUUCGAGUUCUCAACCUUGGGUACAAUGAUAUGGGUUCAGUUGAUGAUCUCGUUAUCCCACCAACCUUGAUCCGCCUCACCAGCUUUUCGCUAACCAACUCAGGCGUCCGUUCCUUGUCGGGAGCCCGGUUUCCUGCGGGGUUGAAACAUCUCAAGCUCUCCGGAAACAAGAUAGCUUCGUUAGAAAACAUUGAGCUUCCACAGUACUUGGAAACAUUAAGUCUCCAAGAAAAUCAAAUAACCAGCUUAGCCGAUUUUGAUCUUCCGGACAGUCUACUUUCUUUAGAGUUUGGUUCUAACAAGCUUACAUCGGUCGAUGGCAUCCAGCUUCCUCCAAAGUUGAACGUGUUGAACCUUAAGGAGAACGCAAUUAACACAAUUAACGAGUUGCAGCUACCGGACUCCCUUAGAGAAUUGUACUUGGACAAACAAGAGGAAAAUCCUCUGCGUAUCCGCGCCUCCAUACGUACAAGAUUUUCAGAGCCGCCCUACGCAUCUGUAAAAAGAGGUUUGACGAGCGUUGCUGGGAUACCCAAGCUUCCGUCGCAGUUACAUAGCUUGAUACUAUGCAAAAAUGGGUUGUGCGAGCAGGCCAUUGAGCACUGGACCUUUCCCUCUGGCUUGAAACGCUUAUACAUGCAUGACAACGUGUUUGUAAACUACCCUAUGUGGAGGCGAGAAGUCAGACUGGCGCUCCCAAAUGUGGAGUUUGAUGGGGGUAGAGAAUCUUCUGACGACGAUUUUCUUAUGAUGGAUUACAGUGAUGAUGAGAUGUAUUAA